CGUUUGUAACACAGUUCGUAAGAUGUGGGAAGAAGGAGGCGGGAACCGGCGAACAUUCAAACAAUAAACUUUAAUAAACUAAACAAAGAACAAAACGAAAGUAAUGCCGGCAGACCCUCGCGGACGUCUGCCGGCCACACAAACAUAAUACAACAAAAUAAAGUCCAGGCCUGGUCCUCUCUCGUCCUUCACUGUCGUCGCUCCUCCUUUUAUGCUUCCGGAGCUCCUCCGUGAGAGACUCAAGGCCGGUGCGCCUCACAGGUGGAGCUCGUUAACCCUCGCGUCACCGGCCUCGCACCGUUCCCUCACGGCUCUCGCCCGCCCUGCUCGUCACAUACCCCCAUCGCCCCUCGCAGGCCGGGGGGUACUCCCGAGACUGCGCUCUACUCCCCCCCGGAGCCUGUCUCGGCGGCCGCAGCACCUGGGGGUAAGGACAGACGAGACGAGAGAAAGGAGACGGAAGCAAGGGGAGCGACAGAACGAGAGAGGGAAGAGAGGAAAAAAAAAAAAAAAAAAAAAAAAAAAUCUUGAUCCGGUUCCCUGACACACUGCCGCUCGGUCCUCAGCCCGCCGAGAGGCUCUUCCUCGCAGUGCCAUGCGAUGGCACUGGACGCUCGGUGGACGGCCCGAUCCUCGACCGCCUCCUGGCGGCCGGCGAUGGAUCCUCCGGCUGAGGGCAGCCGGCAGCGAAUCCGCCGUUCCCUGCUCCUCCCCUUCAUGGCGGACGGUAGCAGGCUCCGGCCCACGGCAAACGACGGCAUUCCUCCGCUCCCUCCAGGACGGCAGCCACCCCACCUCGUCCCAGGAGCACGGCAUCCGGGUCUCCGUCCCACCUUUCACAAGGCUUCAGUACCACCGCCUCGGGCAGCCUCUCGCGGUCUUCACUCCCGCGCUGCCCGAACUCCGCAGCACCGCGAUCCCCCUCAGCAGCGAGGGCUCUCCGACAGCAUGUCCCUCCUUCCUCCCGGGUUUCGGCACCAAUGUAACACAGUUCGUAAGAUGUGGGAAGAAGGAGGCGGGAACCGGCGAACAUUCAAACAAUAAACUUUAAUAAACCAAACAAAGAACAAAACGAAAGUAAUGCCGGCAGACCCUCGCGGACGUCUGCCGGCCACACAAACAUAAUACAACAAAAUAAAGUCCAGGCCUGGUCCUCUCUCGUCCUUCACUGUCGUCGCUCCUCCUUUUAUGCUUCCGGAGCUCCUCCGUGAGAGACUCAAGGCCGGUGCGCCUCACAGGUGGAGCUCGUUAACCCUCGCGUCACCGGCCUCGCGCCGUUCCCUCACGGCUCUCGCCCGCCCUGCUCGUCACAACGUUUAUUAGAAUAUAGAUCAGAUUAGAUCUGAGAGGUCUAUGAAUAUUGAACUAGUGGGUAGGCUGAUAGAUGAAUAUUCAAACAUCAUGGUAAAAUGAGGUGGUCACUGAGCUUCCUUAAGUAUAAAACUGAGUCAUAUUAAUGGCAAGCAUUCUCACACAGAGUCUGCUCUCCAAAAUAGAUCUAUCAUAGAAAUGUCUAACUGGGGAGUGACAAACGUAGAAAAUCAAACCAUCCAAUACUGCUUUCCAAACAACAAUUUGUCUUGUUCCAAGAGUAUCCGACCUGAAGUGGAGUAUAUUUUUGUGUACAUUUUCGUUGCUGUAACAUCAGUGUUCACCGUGUUUCUGAACCUGUUGGUGAUCAUCUCCAUCUCACACUUCAAGCAGCUCCACACUCCCACCAAUGUGCUGAUCCUCUCUCUGGCAGUGGCUGAUCUGAUCAUAGGACUGAUUCUCAUGCCAGUGCAGGGAAUGAAACUGGUUGAGCCAUGCUGGUACUUUGGAGAAAUAUUUUGCUCAAUAUUUCCUCUUAUUCUUUAUGUGGUUCUUACAGCAUCUCUUGGUAAUUUGGUUAUUAUAUCUGUGGAUCGAUACAUUGCUGUGAAUGACCCUUUGCGAUAUCCAAUGAAGGUCAAUAAUUACAGAGUUGUUGUUUCUAUUGUUGUAAACUGGAUAUUCUCCUUCAUAUAUAAUUUUUAUCUGUUGUAUGAGUUUUUACUGUAUCCAGAGAGGAACCACACAUGUAUUGGAGAAUGCAUACUUUCUGUGAAGUUGGAAAACAUAAUACUAGAUGCUUUUGUUUGUUUAGUGGUACCUUGUUGUAUAAUUGUUUCUUUAUAUGUAAAAAUCUGCUUUGUAGCAAACUAUCAAGCGAAGCAUUUAAAUUCAGUCACAGACAAAAAGGCCAGAUCAGAAAAAAAGGCUGCAAGAACCUUAGGGAUUGUAGUACUGGUUUAUCUUCUUUGCUGGAUGCCGUACUAUUUAACUACUCUUUCUGUUGGGCAUGAUGAAAAUGACACACUGUUAAUUAAUGUAAUGUAUUGGAUUUUAUGCAUGAAUUCCUGUAUGAAUCCACUUAUAUAUGCAAUGUUUUAUCGAUGGUUCAGACUGUCAGCAAAAUACAUUUUGACACUGAAAAUAUUUGAACCUUCAUCGGCAUACUUAAAUCUGUUCCCAGAAGAGAAAUGAUCACUUACACUCUCAUGCAAGUGUAAAUGAGAUAAUGUGUCUCUAAAUGAAAUAGAGUUCUCGAUUUUAAGCACCUCCUUAUAGAACAUUAUGUAUGUAUGUAAGUAUGGCAUGUAACAGCUGUUUUUUUUUAUUUUAAAUAUAAUGUCUAACAUGUAUAUUGUGAGCAUAUAUUUAUGUGACACUAUCUGCUCCAUUCUUAAAUGAUUGAUGAUGGGUAAGACUGAUGUUUAAUCAUUAUAAUGACAAUUAUUAAGCUCUUCAUAUCUCCUGUUUUCCUAGUAGUGCCUGUUUUUAGCCUUAUAUAAAAAAAGAAUGAACCUAUUAGUCAAUAUGACACCCAAUUAGUAAUACACUCAUUUUGUAUUUCUACAGUGGGUUAAGCAUGUACAUUUAAAAAACAAAAGCAUUCAAUUCACCAAAGUUUACAAUAUGCAUGGAAAUAAUGUGAAGAAUAUUUAAUUGCGAACUUGCAGAAAUUUUCCACAAAUACUGUUUCCUUUGAAAUGUAGUGCAUUCAGUUCCUGAAUAAUAAAAAAAUAUAUAUUUUGGAACAAUAUUUUCAGUUUCAUUUUAUAAAUUUAUGAGGGAGAUGAUGUUGUGAUUCAUUAACAGUUAAACAAUCCCAGCUGUGUUUAGGCUAACAGCUCUCAGUGAUGUGUCGGGUCCUCACAAUAGAAGCAGUACUGACCAUUUUUUGCAGGAAUGAGUGGGAACCCAGUGUGCCUGUAGCUUUCUUUAUUUCUGUUUUGAUGAAUGAGUGACAGAAAAACUAAGGCCUUUUUAGCAUGUAUGGCAUCUAAUCUACAGCACACAAACUACUUACAUCAUUCCAUAUUCCCCUCUAUUAUGUUUUAGAUGCAGUGUGAGUACACAGUACACAGUUUUAUUGUCUAGAGCAGUGCUUCUCAAACCUGUCCUGGAGACUGUGAAACACUAAACCCACCAAAAUGGCUAAAAAAGACUGCCCAAUUACACAGGAGUGUCCAGUCGUGCUCCUGGAGGGCCACUGUCCUGCAGAGCGUCAAACACACCUGAGCCUGCUGUUCAGGAUUACUAGAAACUUCCAGGCAGGUUUAUUGGAGCAGGUUGGAGUUAAAUUCUGUGGGACAUAUACAGUAGGUACAGAAAGUAUUCAGACCCCCU